AUGACGUCACAUUUGAUGCAAGGGCUUCCGGUUGGUUUGAAAAUCAACGAUAUUGUCACAAAGAGAACAGUUUUAUCAGUAGCAGCAGGAAUAGGCAUAGGAAUUGUUUUUGCCAAUUUCGUUCGAUACUGGAAACAAAGAAGAGAAUCGAGAAUACCCCUAUCUGCAUUUAUCGAUGAAGUUCCUAAAGAAGUCGACACAAACCCUUCACAACCAGCACCAUCGCUUCGAAGAAGUCACAGUGGCCGCGGAAUGCGACCGUCAUCAUCGCAAGGAGAAAGAAGUCUAAGAAAUAGUGUGCGUCAAAACUCGCAGCGAAGUCUGAGUAUGAAUCCGAUAGAAGCAGACAUCACAAACGGUCAAGAGAUGUGUACAGACCUUCGAAAAACUAUAGAAAGAGUACAUCAUAAUCUGGAAAUGGUCAAGAACAGGAGUAGUAAAGACAUGGAGAGGUCGAUUAAAAUUGAAGGAAUUCUAAAAGGAUUGAAGCAGGUAGAAGAUGAAAUUACGAUGCUCAUACCUCAUAUGGAAGAUUUCAGAGAUGACAACACUGAAUUCUAUUCCGUGAGUGGUGGAACCGGAUACGCUGGAAGUGUUAGGACUGGCAGAUCAAGAACUCUUUCUGUACUUUCCGAUGAUUCAUUCCAAUCAGCAGUGGAAGAAUUCGCUGUUGAUAUCGAUGAUAUUGAUUUUGUCAGUGAAGCAGCGAAUUUAGAGAAAGAAGAAUUGAAAUUCCUGGAUGAGGGAAUGAGAGCUGCGAUGAAUGGAGAAGUCAAAUAUCGUAAAAGUCGAAUGGAUUUCUGUAAUUGCGAAAGUGAGACUGAUUUCGCUGCGAAACUCUACUGUGUUAGACAUGCCUUAACAAAUGCACUGAAAGAUGAACACAAACGCGUGUGGCUUGCAAAGUGUGGUCGUACUCUUCUCGCAGAUUUCAUCCGUCACACCAAACAAGACCCCGUGAAAUUCUUUAACGCCUACGAUGAAAUGUUGGAGUAUGUGUCGAAUGACAGAAAUCAAGAGCAACUUAGACAAGACGUUGAAGGAAGAGGAGUAUGCGAGACAGGAUUCUACGAUGUUGCCGUCGAUUUUAUCAUUUUGGACGCAUUCGAAGACUUGAAAUCACCGCCAUCAGCUGUUUAUUCGGUUACCAAAAACUAUUUCAUGUCGAUGUCAAUGAAGUAUUCUACACUCAACACCAUCAUCUGGUCAAUUAUCAAAUCAAAACGCCAACGACUGAAGAAUCCCGAUGGUUUCAUUGCGAAGUUCUAUAAUAUAUCGGAAACCGUUAUGCCUGCGAUCACACUUGGAUUUUUGGGAACAGAUGAGCGACUCGGAGAGCUUUGCCAAUAUUUUAAGGAACAAGUUGUGCAGUUUGUUCUCGACGUUUUCAACACACAACGAGUCUGUUAUCGCUCUCUCGAAGAGAUGACUGAAGACGUUUGGAUUGUGAUGCGCAAUAGGUUGGAAGCCGUUCAGACGAGGAUGAGCAAUGAACUUCUACCCGCUUAA